AUGGCACACUAUAACUGCUGUAUUCCAGGCUGCACUAAUAGUUACAGAAAUGCACCUAACCUUCAGUAUUAUAGAAUUCCAAAAGACCCUCAUAUACGUAGAAAGUACGUGGUUCUUAUGAGGAACGAGACUCUGAAAUUAGAUUCUACGAGUACGCGGAUUUGCUCAGUUCAUUUCGAUGGAGGAGAAAAACUUAGCAGAACGCACUUGCCUUCAAUUUUUCCAUGGACAAAACCGACAGCUCAACGUAGAGAACGCAAGAGGGCCAGUUUCGAAGAUGUACAGAAAAUAGAGCAAACCAAAAAAAGAAAAACAGCACUUGCUCAAUUACCACAGGAAGCGAACUUUAAAUUUGAAGAACAGACAGAAAAUAUGAAUGUUAAUGCUGACACCAGUACCAGUGUGGAAAUGCAAACGUUACUUACUGGAGACCAACUAAACAGUUUAUACAACAGAAUGCAAACAAGAGAACAAGAAAUUGUUAAGCUUAAGGGAGAGAUUCAGCAGUUGGAGAAAGAAAACAACAACAUAAAAGAGGUGAACAGCAAAUUACAAAAGGAAAUCGAAAGCUUGAAGCAUGCUUUAGAUAACAAUAGAUUUGACAUAAGCAAAUUUAAAGAUAAAGAUGAUGAUAUUGCAUUCUACACCGGCUUUCCCGAUUACAAUGCUUUUAUUCUUUGUUACAAAACUGUAGAACAAGCCUCUAGCAAUAUUAAUUAUGGGCACAAAAGGACCACCACGAACGGUAAUGUUGGGAGACCCAGAGUACUUACUAAAUUCCAGGAGUUUACCCUUGUUAUGCUGCGCUUGAGGCUGGGUUUGUUUNCAGAAAGGACUGUUGGACUCUUUUGA